GGUGUCGCCCUCCCCUUGGAACAGCAGCCCUGGAGAGUGAGCGGAGGGAGGGCAGCUCGAGUCCCGGAAGCGCCGCUCCGCGCUGGGACUGGCUCCUUCGCAGCCAUUUUCUGUCCAACCAAACAGCCGAUUCGUGCAGGGAGCCAACCAGGGCCGCACUGGAGAUGGAUGGCGAUAGCUCUACAACAGAUACGUCCCAGUUAGGAAUUUCUGCAGACUACAUUGGUGGAAGUCAUUAUGUAAUACAACCCCAUGAUGGAGACACAGAAGACAGUUUAAAUGACCCAGAUGACACAAAUGGCUCUAAAGAAAGUUUCAGAGAACAAGAUAUUUAUCUUCCAAUCGCCAACGUGGCAAGGAUAAUGAAAAACGCCAUACCACAAACAGGAAAAAUCGCAAAAGAUGCCAAGGAAUGUGUACAGGAAUGUGUCAGUGAGUUUAUAAGCUUUAUAACGUCUGAGGCCAGUGAGCGAUGUCAUCAAGAGAAGAGGAAGACCAUCAAUGGAGAAGACAUCCUAUUUGCUAUGUCCACCUUAGGAUUUGAUAGUUAUGUGGAACCAUUAAAAUUAUAUCUUCAGAAAUUCAGAGAGGCAAUGAAAGGAGAAAAGGGCAUUGGCGGCACGGUUACAGCAGGUGAUGGCCUUGGAGAGGAACUUACGGAGGAAGCCUUUACAAGUCAGUUACCAGCGGGCUUAAUAACUACAGAUGGACAGCAACCAAAUGUUAUGGUUUAUACAACCUCAUAUCAACAGAUAUCUGGUGUUCAACAAAUCCAGUUCUCCUGAUUUUUAACUUGACCGUUGUAUCUGCAAACAUGAGUCAGGAAGAAAGCUAUAUAUAUUUGAAUGCUAUGUUUGAUUGCAAUUGAGUGAGAGUUUUUUUUAUUUGUAUUUUAUGUUUUUGUUUUUUAAUUUAAUUUUGUUUUGUAUAUUAAGUUGCUGUAAUGUAGCUUCCUCGGGCAUGUCAUAUAGGUUGAUAAACUCCACCUUUUGUGGUCAUAUAGGGUGUUAAACUCCACUUUUUGUGCCCCACUCCCCCCUCCCUUCUUGAAUUUUAAGUAUUGGAUUUUAAAACCAUUUAGCCUAUUACUGUUUUUUUGUACAAGAGUUGUUCUUCUGACUCCUGUAUGCAUUGUAAAUUAAUGAUUUAUUACUGUCUGAAAUUUGUAGACAGUUUCUUAUUUUCAUAUUGAAUCAUGUAACUUCUUUUGUAAAUCAAAUAAAGAAAAUGACUUAA